UGGCGCCCGUGCAUCAUGGAGAGAAUCAAGGUGAACGGGACGGCCGGGAACCUCGGCGGCGGAGUGGUGGGCCUCGAGCGGAGCAAGAGCAAGAUCACCGUGACCUCCGAGGUGCCUUUCUCCAAGAGGUAUUUGAAGUAUCUCACCAAAAAAUAUUUGAAGAAGAAUAACCUACAUGAUUGGCUGCGUGUCGUUGCUAACGCCAAGGAGAGCUACGAGCUGCGAUACUUCCAGUUCAACCAGGACGAAGAGGAGGAGGAGGAGGAUUAAACUCAUUUCUCUGCAAUAUUUUGUAUGAGUUCUUGGAUAAAACUUGGGAACCA